UAUGGAUAUUAAUUAGAAGAGAAAGUUAAAAGUGAAAACAAUAUCUCAAUAAGUAUUUGAGCUUGAAGUCCCUCAAGAUGUAUCAAAAAUUAAAAUAUAUUUAGAUUACAAUUGCAGACUUAAAAAAAGAAAUCUUUACAAAAUCUUAAGUUCCUAUAGAUAGAUAAAGAUUGAUCUUUUUAGGAAAGGCUCUUCUAGAUAAUCAGAAAUUAAAUGAAAUAAGUAUAUAAAAUAAUAAAAUAAUUAGUUAAGGAGGAUGAUCAAACAAUCCAUUUGAUGGCAAUUACUAAUCCCCAAUAAUCCCAAUAAUAACCAUAAUAAAAUUAAAAUCAAUAGUAAUAAUAAAGAUUUUAAUUUAUGCCAGGCAUUCAAACAACCACAUAAAUUCAUAUAGGAACAGGAGGUAAAUAAUUAUUUAAAUCUAUUUUAGAUGGUUAACCUUUUAUGCCACCAGAAUUAGCUAAUAUUCUUUAGAUGUUUGGUCCACCUAUAACAAGGUCAUCUUAAUAAUAAUAGAGUUAAUAACAAUAAGCUCAAACAACUUAAUAAAAUUAAUAAUAAUAACAACAAUAGCAAUAAUAGUAGAAUUAAUAAAGUUAAUCAAAUUAAUCUGAACCUAGAUAAUAACAAUAAGUGCCAUAAUAAUAAUAAAAUUAACCUUAAUUAUAAUAAGUAACAUUAUUGCCAAAUGAUCAAUCUGCUGUUGGAGUACAUCUUCCAUAAGAAUAGAUUUAAUAAUUGAGUAGAUUAUUGGGCAAUUUUUAUUAAUCUUCAUUACUUGGAUUAGCAUUUUAGUUACCACAAAUGACUGAACAUAGAAAUAAUGUUACUGUUUUAGGACAUUUUCUUCAUUAAUUAUGUUAUCUUUUUUAAAGAUCUUUACCAAUUUUAUAAAGAGUAUCAGAUCUUUUGAUGAGAGAACCUUUUUUGACUUCCGAAAAUGAGAGAAGAGAAACAUAAUAAUUAAGUAGAGAUUCAGCUACUAUUAUUUAUUCAAUUAAUAGAAUGACUAAUGAUUUAUCUUCUGCUUUGCUAAAAUAUUUAGUACUUGGAAAUACUCCAGGAUAAUUUUAAUUAUAGGUGCCCACUUAAUUAUUAUAACAUAAUAAUCAUCAUCAUGGAGUUAUUAAUAUCUAACAUCAACACAGAAACUAAUAAUAAUAACAAUAAUAAUAAUAAUAAUAAUAAUAAUAAUAAUAAUAAUAAUAAUAAUAAUAGUAAUAAUAGUAAUAGUAAUAGUAAUAGUAAUAGUAAUAGUAAUAGUAAUAGUAAUAAUAAUAAAAUUAGUAAUAAUAAACCUAAUCAAAUUUAUUAAGUUCUUUAGGAUAACUUUUAAAUUAAUUCUCUUAAAAUUCAAACUUAUCAUAAAAUAAUUAAUAAUAGAUUUAAGUAGAAUAAUAGGGAGAUCAAAUAAUAAUUGAUGCUUAAGUUUUAGAGAUUGAUGCAGGAAGUGAAUCAGAUUCUAAUUAAGCAGGAAAUUAACAAGAGAAUAACAACACUUUAAAUGCACUUAAUAAUUUAGUCAAGUAUAAUUUUUUAUAUAUUUAAGUGAUAUAAUAAAUUUAGAAUAAUAAUAAAAUUCAUUCCAAUCAUAGUAAUAAUUUUAGCCUCAGUAAUAAUAAUAAACAUAAAUAAAUACUUAAUAAUAAUAAUAAUAAUAACAGCCAUAAAAUAAUUAAAACUUACCAUAAUAAGCUUAAUCAAUGAUGUAAGGUUUACUUGGAAAUUUUGGAUUAGGAGGUUAAUAAGGAGGAGCCAAUAUAUUUACAAUGACACUUCAUGAACUUAUGAUGUAAAAUUAUGCAAAUUAAAUGGAAGAAGGUGAAAUAGAAAUUUUAUAAAUAUUCUCAUAAGUAAAAGUAGGUGAUUUAAUGGCAGCAUAAGUUUCUGGCAAUUAUUCAUUUUUAGAUGGUUUACAAGGAAAUAUUAAACAAAAUUUACAUAAUUAAAUAGGAAAAUUUGAAGGAAAAAUUGAAUUGAUUGAAAAAUUGGCAAACUCAUUUUUAUCUACAGUUGUUCCUAAAGGAACUCAUUAACAUUUAGUGAUAGAAGGAUUUGAACCGAGAAUUACAGCAUCUGAAGCUCUUGUAAAACAUAUUAAAUAAUUUUUUUUAAUUAUUGAAAAAGAUUAUACAAAUAGUGUUGAAAAAUUUAGUGAUGCAAUGAUCAGUUAAUUUUUUAAAAUGAUUGGAGAGACUGCUUAUGAGGUUUCUGAAGGAUUAAUUCACGGUCUUGAUGAUUACAAAUAGAUUAUUUAGUAUUUAUCAUUUUUAUUGUUAGAGCAAACAUUGAAGAUUUAUUAAGAAAAUCUAUUGGUCCUGAAAUUGCUUUAAUGUUUGGUAGUAUGUUGUUUAUAAUGCUUUGGAAUUUAAUUGAAAGAUCAUAUAAUUAACAUAAAAAAUCACUUGAAUAAUAAUAAACUAAAAUUCAAUAAGAAGAAGAUUUAACAGAAGAACAAGUAAUAAUUAUUUCAAUUUAUUUUUAGUUAUUGAAAUAGAUUACUGAAGCUAGCUAGGCAUGCAAAUAAAAUAAUCAAAUUAAUUUUUCAAAUGAAUAUAAAAAAGGAGAUCCAGGCUAUAAAGAUUUUGAUUGAUAUAUGAAAUUUAUACAAGGA